AUGGAGGCUAGGUACUUGCGGGAUUUCAAGAGGGGUGACCCUCGAACUUUUAAGGGGGCAUCUGAAGAUCCAACGGUGGCACAAAUGUGGCUGAGGUCCAUUGAGUCAGUAUUUGUGUUGACCAACUGCCCUGAGGCCCAUAGGGUAGAGUGUGCUACGUUUAUGCUGCGUGAUGAUGCAGAAUUGUGGUGGCAGACCACCCGCGACCUUAUUAGUCCUGAGGGUGGUGCAAUCUCGUGGGUGGAGUUCAAGGAUGCCUUCUCUGAAGAAUAUUACCCAGAGGAUGUCCAGUUGCGAAAGCAGCAGGAGUUUAUCCAAUUGAGUCAGAGGGGGCAUACUGUUACUACCUAUGCCAGGGAAUUUUCUAAGCUAAAGCGUUUUGCCCCAAAAUGA